AUGGAGCCUCGAAUCAAUCGUUUCUUCACGGAGCCAGACAUCGUUGUGCUCAAGAAUCUCCUCCAAGAUGUCAAGUGCGAGGUGCGCGGCACACCAGGACUGGACAAGACAAUCACUCCGGAGUGCAUAGAAGAAUCCGCAGACAACGAGAUAGGAGUUCUGGAUCAUGACAAAGACUCUAUCGCGAAGCUCCAGGCAUUUAAUGAUCCCAACAGCCCAGAAUUUGCUCCGACUGUGUUCACAAGCUGGGACGGCAAAGACAUUCCUGUAUGGAUCAACGAAUGCCUGGUCAAGCCAUAUGCUCGAAUAGCUACGCGUGUUGUACGGCACCCAACUGAUGUUGUGUUCCUUACGCAUAUCAUCACAUACCUCAUGGUGAAUCUUGGAAGCGCCCUGUACCUGUUCUACAACUUCACCUACGUACACGGCGUGAUACAUCUUGCGUAUACUGGCUGGUGUAUCGGACCAUUUACGCUUAUGAUGCACAAUCACAUCCAUAACGGUGGUCUCCUUGCCAAGGAAUACUAUCUAUUCGACACCAUCUUCCCAUACAUCUUAGAGCCGUUGACCGGGCACACUUGGGAUUCGUAUUACUAUCACCACGUAAAGCAUCAUCAUGUCGAGAGCAAUGGACCCGAGGAUCUGUCGUCCACCAUUCGUUACCAACGGGACAAUGCAUUCCACUUUCUGCAAUACUUUGCGCGUUUCCUCCUCCUCAUCUGGCUCGAGCUCCCUCUCUACUUCGUUCGCAAGGGAAGAAGCAACUUGGCGGUCAAAGCAUUCAUUGGAGAAGCCGGGUCAUAUCUCUUCUACUACACCGCGUACAAGCUCAACCCAAAAGCCGCUACAUUCGUGUUUAUCCUGCCGUUCGCAGUCCUUCGCUUCGCAUUGAUGGUGGGUAAUUGGGGCCAACAUGCCCUUGUCGAUGAGGUCGACCCGAACUCGGACUUCCGGACGAGCAUCACUAUGAUAGACGUAAUGAGCAACCGCAUCUGCUUCAAUGAUGGAUACCAUACUGCUCACCAUCUGAACCCAUAUCGGCACUGGAGAGACCAUCCAAAGCAUUUUCUCCAGUCAAAGGACGCCUACCGCUCUGGAAGGGCUCUUGUCUUUCGUGAUAUGGACUGGUUCAUGAUGACUGUCAAGCUGCUGAUGAAAGACUACCUCCAGCUCGCAGACUGUCUUGUUCCGAUUGGCGACCAGAUUGGCAUGACCCGGCAAGAGAAAGCUGACAUGCUACGCACGAAGACACGGAUGUUCACGGAGGCGGACAUACAGAAGAAGUUCAAGCGUCCAGUCGUGAGUCGAUCAAGAUGA